AUGACCCCCGAUCUACCCAUCCCUCGAUCUCCCCGCCUCGUUGCGCACCCCGUUCCGCUGUCACGCGCCCCCUGCCCCGCCUCGCUGCGCGCUCCCUACCCCAUCUUGUCACACGCCCUGUGUCCCGGCUCAUCGGACGCCCUGCCUGUUGUCGACGCGUGCGCCUUGCCUUCGUCGACACGCGCGUCCUGCCUGCCAUCGUCGCGCGCGCGUGCUUUUCCUACCGCCGUCACUCACCCCGCUGCCCAGUCUCACCUUUCCGCGGCUGCCCUCCCUUCCCCUCCCCUUUGCGGGCGCCUUCUUUCCCCCCUCGUGCUGACUGUGUCUCGUCACCAAUCUUCUUCCACACCUAUCCCUCCUCCUCAUGUUUCUCCCCUCAGCGGCGCAGCAGAGGACUACUCCGCCGCUAUCCCUCCUCCUCCUAUUUCCCCCCUCAGCGGGGCAGCAGCGGACUGCUCCUCCGCUAUCCCUCCUCCUCCUGUAUCUCCCCUCAGCGGCGCAGCAGCGGUCUACUCUGCCGCUAUCCCUCCUCCUCCUGUUCCUCCCCUCAGCAGCGCAGCAGCGAACUACUCCGCCGCUGUCCCUCCUCCUCCUGUUUCUCCCCUCAGCGGCGCAGCAGCGGACUACUCCGCCGCUAUCCCUCCUCCUCCUGUUUCUCCCCUUAGCAACGCAGCAGCGGACUACUCCGCCGCUAUCCCUCCUCCUCCUGUUUCUCCCCUUAGCGGCGCAGCAGCGGGCUACUCCGCUGCUAUCCCUCCUCCUCCUGAUUCUCCCCUCACCAGCUCAGAAGCUGACUACAUCGCCCUUAUUCCUCCUCCUCUUUUGUCUCCCCAUAUCUGCUCCAUUGCUGUCACCUCCCCCUGA